AUGGAAGCUAUAGUAAAGAACGCUAUACAGCAAUUUUGUGAAGAAAAUAACGUCUUGCAGGAUUUUCAGCAUGGCUUCCGGAGAGGACGUUCCUGCCUCUCAAAUCUGCUAGCUUGUCUGGAGAUCUGGACCAGGGCUCUAGAAGAGGGUUUUGAGGUCGAUGUCGUAUGCAUCGAUUUCCGCAAAGCUUUUGACACUGUCCCGCACCAACGGCUUCUUCACAAACUGAGAUCCAUCGGCAUCCGGGGAGAUCAUCUGGACUGGAUAAGGGCGUUUCUGGUUGGUCGGGAACAACGUGUCUGUAUCGGAGAUGAUAUUUCAGAAUGGGUGAAUGUGACCAGUGGUGUGCCGCAAGGCUCAGUUCUGGGACCAUUGCUCUUCAUCAUUUACGUUAACGACAGCCUUCAGGAACUCGACUGCGGCAAAAUAAUGUUUGCAGACGACGUUAAGCUCUGGCAAGUCAUUAAGGGACCGAAUGAUCAGAGAUCCCUUCAAGAUAAUCUGCACCGACUGCAAGCAUGGUCGGGGAAAUUGCUUCUAGAUUUCAAUGUGGAGAAGUGUGCCAUCCUUCAUCUGCGUCCAACCAACUCUCAUUCAAAUGAGAGUCUGAGGACUUAG